AGGGCACGUUUCAGUGACCAGGUUUGAACUUUGCUCCCUGUGAGAGUCGCAGGUGGAGUCAGCCACAGCGCUGCUCACCUGCCGUUUCAGGAAAUGAAGCGUUGAUCCACGGCACCCGCCACGACCCACGACUGGAGGUAUCACACACCGUCUGUCCCCAUCUUUGAGAUAAGCACUACCAUGACUGUCUCCUGGGCCUCUCUCUUCUUCAUCUGUUUAUUACCCUGCACGAUGGGAGUGUCAGACCAGUUUCAGCUGGAGCCGAUGUCUGCAGCAGUGCUUAAAGGCUCCGAUGCCCAGUUCAUCGCCAGAGUGACCGGAUCGUGGGAAUUCAUGGCCUGGACAGUUGGACAGUUUCUGGUCCUCACAGUCCGUAGAAACACUACAAUACUCCCAGUAGAGCAGUAUUCAGCUAGAUUCUGCUCCAGUGAUAACAGCAGUUGUGUGGAGUUUACCAUCCAUAACGUCAGCCGCUCACUGAUCGGGCCCGUCACCUGUGCGGUUCAAGGGUCAUAUGGAGAAAAAACAGUACAGCUUUCUAUACAAGAGAACGGCACGAUCAGCAUCGCAGGACCGAGCAUGAAGGUGAUGUAUGACCAGCAGGUAACGUUCCAGUGUGUAGCAGCUGGUUGGUACCCCAAACCUACAGUCACAUGGACUCUAAAUGGUAACGCUAUGAACAGCACCCUGGACAACUUCACAGAUAAUGGGGAUUUCUUUAACUCCACCAGUGUACUAACCUUCCAGGCAGUCAGAGACACGACAGUCAAAUGUUUGGUGAGCAUCCCAGCACUGACAUCUCCGCAAUCAACGUCUCUCUUCUUAGCAGUUGCUCCCAAGCCGCCUAAUUGGACUGUGUUGAUAGCUGUGGUUGUGUCCUUUGGAAGUCUUGCUCUGCUGGUUUUGCUCAUCAUUGGAAUUUGGUUUUGCUACAAACGCAGGAAAGAAAAACAAACAAACUAUCAGGACGAAAUGAGGAGAGUGAGGACACAGAGCCAGUUAAGUGGUGUGCAUGGACCCAGAAACAAAGAGGGACAAGUGAACACAGCAUAUGUGCCGGAGGGUCAGACAAGUGUUCCUACCAGUGAAAUCACUGACAAUGGCUUAUUCCAGGUAUCUACUGUGGCAAACAGUGCACAAGCAGGUGGUGCCUUCUACAAUUUUGAGGAUCCAGGCUUCAUAAAACACAGACACGCCACGAUUGUGUGAGGACAAACAGAGGACACGUCUCUGAAUGCUUGCGAGCCUGGGAACAAACCUGCACAGCAUCUAAACGGUGCUCGACUUUGUCUGGAUAAAAGGUGAUGUGAAUGACUGGAUCUGCUCAAACCAAAGACUGAUGUAGUGUGAAGGCUGUAGCCUCAGGUGGCCACGCAGAUUUUAAAUCCUCCAUAAUUUAUUGUAGAGAAGAAAUCAUAUAACCCUGCGAUAUAUAUACGAAUUGUGUACAUUUUUAUUGUAACAUUAUGUGAAUUUAAAUAUUCAAAAGUGAUGAAAGUGAUUAAACUUCUAAAUCCCCUA